AUGGUGCUUGCCUACGUUCAUUGCUACGUGUUGCUACUAUGGACCCUCUAUCCGGUCUGUCACUCUGCCAUCGACUACGAUACGGUUAAAAGAGCCAAAAAUGGUGCAUGGGUUGCUCUACGCGACGGUGUUGAUGAAGCAGUAAUCAAAGUGGCGAAGAUGAGCGAUGUUGGUGAUUCUUUCGAUAAAGCGGAAGCGUUUUGCAAACAAGAUGACUCCCAUCUGACGUCUGUUCAUUCCGAAAACGAGAUGGAGUUCAUAGGAGAGCUGGUGAUGAGGGUGAUGAAGAUGAGAAGCGGCACAGAUGCCGCAGAUGUGCGUGUACUGACAGGCUUGCGGAGGGAGGAGGGAGCUUUGAAGUGGACCGAUGGAUCUCCAACUGACUUUGUUCGGGAAUCUUAUAAGGAUCUAAAGGCCGGUAAGGACGGCAGUAAAUGUCACUACGUGAGUUUUCUUUUUGUUUGA